CACACACCUUUUUAGUUACUAUUUUGAAACUCUUUAAACUAAUACAACUAACUAACAAAGUUAGCAAGUAAUAAGUAAGACGGUUGAAAGAUCAAUGGCAUGUACUAUGAUAAGGCUUAGUCCAGGAUCUAUGGUUUUUAAGAAAUAAAAAAAAAAGUUAAUUUAAUAGCAAUCUGGAGGAAUUGGUAGAGUACAUGCCUUGUAUCUAUGUGGACUGAAUAAAUAGCACAAUUUAAGAUGUAAGCUAGGUAUUUUGUGAUGAAUAGAAUGACCAAUGGACUUGAAACGAGAGCCAUAUUGUUGUUUAACUAGUCACUUGUUAGUUUAUAGUGUUCAGUCCAUGGUAGCUUUCAGACAGAAUGUUACUAUUACCAAAAUGUAUCAAUACAAUUGUUUUAAACAAUAUAAAGCGAAAUUUUAUGAUGAAGACUUGUGGUUUAAUGCAUUCUAAAGUUAAUCAAAUUAUUAUUAAAGAUUCCAAAAAUGAUGAAUUUAUUCCAAUUUAUAAAACACCACACAUGAAAUUCUUCAUCGGUUUAAAUAGAAUAAAAAUAUAUCAAUUAGUAGGACUUUCUUGUUGGAUUCCUAUGUGUUUUAGUUUAAAUAUGCUUAGCUAUAUAAAUUCUGAUGAAGUAAUUUGUGCAUCAUUAAUAGGUUUAGGUUUAACAGCUGGCUUACAUAUUGCCUCUUGGGUAAUAUCAAAUAAUCUUGUUGUUUUUGUAUAUUUAAGUAAAAAUGAUCAAAGGUGUCGAAUGUCUUAUAUAUCUUAUUGGGGAAACCGAGAGGAAUUAUAUUGCAACAUUGAAGAUAUAACACCUAUUGAAUUAUCCAAAUUAAGUAUUUUGAAUCACAAAAUUAAAUUAAAAGGAAAUUCAAUCACAUUUAAAAUUAUUACACGUAACUCAACCAUUUUAAAUAAUGCUAAAUUUAGAAAAGUUUUUGGUAGAAAUAUUAUUUGA